GAUGUUGCGUGAAUGUAAACAAAAUAUAUCAGUCCUCUGGAAGUAACCGUCCAAUAAUGAAUUUGACCAAAGUAUGUAAUCAAUUUCGCACGAAUCAGAAACCAAUAUGCAAAAUUAUCACCUGUUCCGCGGAAUCCAUCAUACGUUGCUGCUCUUCUGAUGCGCCUCCAGCGGGAAUGCCCAAAGUUACAUCAGCCUCGAUCAGUGCUGAACCGCAGAGAAAAACAAAAUCCACUGUGGUCACCUAUGGGCAACCGAUGUCCAAGACCCAUCCACAUCUGUUGCGAGAUAAUGAACUGUUACAGGGAAUCAGUCUGACGGAAAUCCAAAACCGGCGAAAGGUACUCCUUCGACUGGUGCGGGAUUAUGCCGCUACGGCGAUGGAUAAAAACAUGAAGGAGCACUUGAUUAUCAUCCCUUCAGCAACCAAGAAGUACAUGAGCGAUAAGAUACCGUACGUGUUCCGACAAAAUACCGAUUUCCUCUAUCUCAGUGGUUGUCUCGAACCGGACAGUGUCCUAAUGCUUGAGCUAGAUAGUGAUGGCAACGAGAAAAGCACCCUGUUCAUGCGCCCCAAAGACAGUCACGCAGAACUGUGGGAUGGCCCUCGGACCGGUGUAGAACUGACUCCCCAGGUAUUUGGGGUGGACCAGGCGGCGAAUGUUAUCGAUCUGAAGGCACACCUGCUGAAGUACUCGUUUGCACAUCCUUCCGCGGUGUUCUGGUUCGACGAGCAUUGCUGCAAUCUGGAGGACGUGAGGAAGAUCAUAGGAGAUGUCAGAAAAUCCAGCCUACUGCAGUCACCCACUGGUUUGGUGCAUAAGUUGCGUGUGGUGAAAUCGGCAGCCGAAAUAGAGCUUAUGAGGAAGACGUGUACGAUAGCUUCUGAGGCAAUCAACCGGACGAUUCGGGAGAGCAAACCCGGCCAGAGCGAGCACCAGCUGUUUGCCAAGGUGGAUUACUACUGCCGGAUGGCGGGGGCAAACUAUCUGGCGUAUCCACCGGUCGUAGCCGGAGGCUCAAAUGCAACUGUGAUACACUACAUCAACAACAAUCAGAUCGUACGAGGUGGCGAUAUGGUCCUGAUGGAUGCGGGCUGUGAGUAUGGGGGGUAUACGAGCGAUAUUACGCGAACAUGGCCCAUCAAUUCGGAGUUUACCGACCCACAGAGGGUUCUGUACGAGGUGUUGUUAGAGGUGCAGAAGGAAUUGCUGGCUAAAUUGCAGAAUGAGGGUGGUGAAACGCUGGAUCAGCUGUUCGACACAAUGUGUCUGAGGAUUGGGAAGUAUCUGCAGGAGGUUGGACUAAUCCCGAAGAUCUUACAGGGUGUUGAGUUGGGCAGAGCGGCAUACAAAUUCUGUCCGCACCACGUUUCGCAUUAUCUAGGAAUGGAUGUACAUGACACAUCGCUUGUUUCGAGGAGCAUUAAACUGGUCCCAGGGAUGGUGUGCACGGUGGAACCGGGGAUUUACAUAAGCGCCCAGCGCAGGGAUGUCCCACCAGAGUUCCGAGGGCUUGGUCUACGCAUCGAGGAUGAUGUUCUUAUCAAACCAAAUAAAAAGGUAGAGGUGCUGACCGAGGGAUGUGUGAAAGAUCUGCGAGAAAUCGAAGCCCUUGUAGGUUCCGACACCAGUUGAGAUUAUUAUGUGUUGUUAGGAAAGACUAAAUACUUUAAACCAAAAUAUCAAAACAGGUAAGCCAUGCUUUCUUCCAAAUCUUAUGUGCUUCAAAAUUCGAUCUGUGUUACACGAAAGAAGUAUGAACAUUGAAAUAUAUUUU